AUGUCGGAUGGCACUAUAGACCCCCAAGCAGAACAAAUUGCUGAUCCCACGCCCAAAGAGCUUGUGCAGCCAGCCACGAAAAAGGCGAAAAGAUCACCAGCAGAAGAGGUUGUGGCCAGAGAAUUUGGCACCCCUCUUCAAACUAGAGCUGCAUCCCCCUUAACUUUGAACCCGCCAAUUGACAAUGAUGGAUUAUCGUGGCCUUCUAAGGGUGCCAGGCAACGGAUUGAACAAACACCAGAGGAAGCCAAACAACGGGAAACCCGUAUUGCCAAUGCAGUGAAAACAAUUCUCACGGAAUUGGGAGAGGAUGUCGACAGAGAGGGUAUCUUGGAGACGCCUGAAAGAUACGCCCGCGCAAUGCUAUACUUCACCAAAGGAUACGAGGACAACAUCCGUGAUGUAAUCAAAAGGGCUGUUUUCGAAGAGGACCACGACGAAAUGGUCAUUGUGCGUGACAUCGAGAUCUACUCCUUGUGCGAGCACCAUUUGGUUCCCUUUUUCGGCAAAGCGCACAUUGCGUACAUUCCCAACAAGCGUGUCGUUGGGCUCUCGAAGCUCGCCAGGUUGGCGGAAAUGUACCUGCGUCGGUUCCAGGUGCAAGAAAGAUUGACAAAGCAAAUUGCCAUGGCACUCUCCGAGAUUUUAAAACCACGCGGAGUCGCUGUGGUUAUCGAAGCCACACACAUGUGCAUGGUGAGUAGAGGUGUGCAAAAAACAGGCUCUCUGACAACGACCAGCUGCAUGCUUGGCUGUUUCCGUGUGCAGCAGAAAACCAGGGAUGAAUUCCUCACUCUUUUGGGAAGAAACUAG